GUCCUCAGUCCGGUUGCUGCUCCCGCCGCUGCCUCUCCCGCUGCCGGUGCCCGUGCUGGUGCCACCGCAGGGGCUGCCGGGGCUGCCCCACACCGCGCGCUACAUCCCAGGACUUUGGUGCUGCGGGCUCGUGACUCAGGAAGCCAGCCUGAGAUGCCAUGGCCCCCACCACAGCAGACAUGGAGAGGCCAGGGGCUCCAGCCCCUGAGAAGUCUUGGAGGUUCCUGGUUUUCUACCUCUGCUUUUAUGGCUUCAUGACUCAGAUGAGGCCUGGGGAGAGCUUCAUCACGCCCUUCCUCCUGGGCCCAGACAAGAACAUCACCCAAGAGCAGGUCACCAACGAGAUCACACCCGUCCUGACCUACUCCUACAUGGUGGUCCUGGUGCCCAUCUUCCUGCUCACAGACUACCUGCGCUACAAGCCGGUGCUGGUCCUGCAGAGCCUGAGUUACCUCUCCGCGUGGCUGUUGCUCAUCUUCGGCACCGACGUCCUUGCCAUGCAAUUCAUGGAGUUCUUCUAUGGUAUCACCAUGGCUGCCCGCGUGGCCUAUUCCUCUUACAUCUUCUCCCUCAUCAGCCCUGCGCGCUACCAGCGGAUGGCGAGCUACUCGCGCUCAUCUGUGCUCAUGGGCGUUUUCACCAGCUCUGUGCUGGGGCAGAUCUGUGUCACUGUGGGCAAGGUCCCCUUUGCCACCCUCAACUCCAUCUCCCUGGGCUUCAUGGCCUUUGGGCUGGUGCUGGCUCUCUUCUUGAAGCGGCCCAGGCGGAGCCUCUUCUUCAACCGCCCCCGAGAGCCCGUGUGCAAUGGCGCCUCACCCUCAGAACUGGACCAGAUGAACCCAGGCAAGGCGAAGCCCCCAGAGGGCAAGGCCAAGUGGUCACUUCUGGCCGUCUGCAGGGACUCGACGCUGGUGCGGAUGCUGAUGGAGCUCGGGGCCAUCGUCCGCGUGCCACAGCUGCGCCUCUGGUCCCUCUGGUGGGUGCUCAAUUUCACCGGAUACUACCUGAUCAUAUAUUACGUCCACAUUUUGUGGAGUGAGGUGAAUCCCACCACGGACAGCUCCAAGGUCUACAACGGGGGCGUGGAUGCCGCCUCGACUUUGCUGGGGGCGAUCACCUCCUUUGCUGCGGGCUUUGCGAAGAUCCGCUGGGCGUUGUGGUCAGAGUUGGUGAUCGGGAGCGUCACCGUGCUUCAGGCCGGGCUCGUCCUGCUCAUGUACACCACCAGUAACAUCUGGGUUUGCUAUGUGUCCCUGGUGCUAUUCAGAGGAUUCCAUCAGUUCCUCGUGCCCAUUGCCACUUUCCAGAUCGCCUCAUCCCUAACCAAAGAGCUGUGCGCCCUGGUGUUUGGGGUCAACACCUUCCUUGCCACCAUCCUGAAGACCAUUGUGACAGUUGUUGUGGCAGACAAGAGGGGCCUCGGGCUCCCUGUCCGCUCUCAGUUCCGCGUCUACUUUGGCUAUUUCACGGUGCUGGCCGUGGCCUAUUUCUCAGGAGCUGUGUACACGGCCAUGAGGCACUGUCGGCAGAGCCGGCUCCAGAGCAUCCCCUUGGCGAAUGAGUUGAGGAGCCCCACAGAGAUGGCAGAGAAGAGGCCGAGUUCAGAGGAUGAUGGCAUCACUGGUGUCCGGGAUUGAUGGGAGAUGCUGGUGGGUGGAAAGACAGUCGCACACACUCAGCACUGGCUCGGCACUAGGUGGGAGCAAAGCCCACCACCCAACUCUCCCUCCCAUCCCAUAUCUGUGGGCUCUGUGCGGCCUUGUCUCUUCCACCAUGUCCAGCAUUGAAUGUGCUUGCUUUGGCUGGGUCUAGGUUCAUGGUACGAGCCCCUGGGGAAACCGAGGCUGGGAGCACAGCCCGCUCCAAGUCCUUGGAUCUUGUUGUCAAUCACGGACAACUCAUUCUUCUCCAUUGGGGUAAGAAAGAAUUAUUACCUAGACCACAAAAUGAUGCCACCCAGGCCUCAGCUACUGGGCUCAAUGAGCUUUGAUACCACGUUGAGAAGCGGCUGGACGAACUGCCCGAGGCCCUGUCCUAACCUAUGACCAGACAGCUGAGCCGAUCCUGAGACAGCUGCAAUAGGCACCGCCCCUGCCCCCGGCCACACAUACAUGUACACACACAGCACACUCACGUGCAUAUACUCAUACACACAUGCACACUCGUGUGUGCACAUGUGCACACGCACACCCAUGUUUCCUCACUGAACACCUUAGAGGUGAAGAUCACUCCCCCAGAAGGUGAGCUCUCCUCACACGCUUACACACCAGUGGGAUUUCCCAUAAAUAAUGGUGACCCUUCAGAAGUGCAGCGUUCCACCUGUCUCCCUGCUUGCUCGCCUCACGCUGCCUGCUUCGCUGUGAUCCACCAUUGCUCAGUGUGGUCACCCCAGAAGGCCCAGUCAGCAACAGACUUCCCAGAAGCCUCACUGUGCCAAAAGUACGUCCUCAGCUCCCCCCAUAAUGCCCGGCACUGCUGAGGACAUGGCCCCUCUCAUCUAAUUGCUGAUUUCAAGCUCUGUCUCAGGCCCGUGUAAAAAUGGGCAGGGGGAUGCAGCUGCUUCAGACUGGCCCCCCAUUCACCUCUGGCCCUGCCCCCCAUGCAGCUUGGUGUCCGAGGAUCUGGCGGAUAUCUGGGGAUAACUGACCUUGGGGAAGGAGAGGCUGAAGGGCAGUGGUCAUGCUGUGUAGACAGCAUGGGUCUGCUGGGGUCUGCUGGGGCAGGGAGCAGGCCAGCCUCCAUGUCUGUCAUUAAUGAGUCUGUGCUGUGUCUCUAAGCUGGACUUCACAGUCACAGGAAGCACUCAGGUCCUGCCAUCUGCCCAGAGCUUUCCUGAACGUCCGUCCCCUGCACAGUCAGCCACCCUAGGCCAUCCCACCCUCUCCCGUUUCCACUUCCCUCCCUGCUGAAGCACUUGUGGGACCAGCUGUCGGUCAGCCUCCCAGGAAAUUACUCAGGCCUUCAAGAAAGCUGUGAAACCCUCAGGCACUUGUCUUGAAGCAGGGCUGGAGUUUUGCUGUUGAGACUCCCAGGAGACAGUCCUUGACUCCCUCCAGGCAUGGUUCUGUGGUCCUGCCUUCCUUGUGGCUAUUUCCUUCACUGACAUCUUGAUGGGUAUUGGGCUGGUUGGGUCAACUCUUGGAGCCUCAGUCUCUCCGUUUGUAAAGUGGGUUAAUACUGACCUAUCUCACAGAAAUGUUUGGAGAGUAAAGACAGGCAGCAGAAGGAGACUUGGUCAGACCUCUGGGAAGAAGGGUCAUAUCUAGACACCUGUCCCCCAACAGUAUUAUCUCCCCUUUGUCCCACAGGAUAGGCAAGAAUACAGAAUUGGAGUCAGACCUGUGUCUGGAUGCUGGCUCUGCCUCUGGUUGCCUUGUGGCUUUGAGCUGGUCACAUGCUUCUCUGGGACACCUCAGUUUUCUGCUCUGCAGAAAAAGGAGGAGUCAAGCUAGCUGACCUCUGCUGGCCCUGCCAGCCCUGUCACCAUGGUCCUACACAGCCUAGGCAGCAGUAGAAACACAAAUCACAGCUGCUUCUGAGCCAAGAAGCCCAGGCCCCUUCCCCACCAGCCUGUUCACCCCACUCCCAUUCCCCACCCAGAGGAGGGCUCUCCUCAGAAACACCUCUGGGUCAGGAAGUGUUUUGUUUGGAACCACAAAAUGACUCUUUUUCACUCUAGGCUAUAAAUCUGAUUUUGUGAUAUAAGAGGAUUUCUUUUGUGUAAUAAACCAGUUCAUACACAGAAA